AUGGAGGAGGAUUUGGGAUGGAAGGGUCCUAGGAGAGUUCAAAUCUUCCUAUGGACAGCAGCUUAUAAUAGGUUAUUGACAGUUGAGAGAAGAGCUCGGAUUAUGGGGGUUAGUAGCAUGGGUCAGCAAUGCAAAGCUAAUACUAAAUCUCUGAUGCAUGUAUUGAGAGACUGUGCAUAUGCAAAGGAUCUUUGGCUAUUGUUAGAAGAAAGAAGAAAUGAUCUGGAAUUUUUUGUGUUACAAGGGAAGGAUUGGCUUGAUUGGGGUCCUAGUCGAAGAGAUAGGAGGAAAGUUACUAUGGUUAGCUGGGUUAAAUUGAACACUGAUGGAACACGAAGAGGAAGUUUUAAUUUGGCUGGGUAUGGUAGUUUACUUCGUGGAUCUGAUGGAAGAUUAGAUGAUUUUGAUAGGAUUAAGUUUCAGCAUGUUUACAGGGAAGGCAAUGCUUGUGCUGAUAAGCUUGUCAAUUUAAGUUUUGAUUUUGAUGAGGUGGUUACUGUUUUUGAUAGGCCAUCACGUAUAAUCCAGAAGCUUGUGUACUUGGACUUUGUGGGAAUUUUUGUCCCACGCUCAGUGAAAUGA